GGGAUAGGUUGCGUUUCCGUGGAGGACCGAGAUUAGCCCUCUAGCAAAUAGUAAAGAUGGCUGCAGUAGAGGUUUUCAGGCCAGUAUCUGAAAACAGGACAGUGGCCGUAAUGUUUCAAGACGGUUAGUUUCGAGGUCACUUCCUCUCUUUCUUUAUCAAAUAUCCUAACGGGAUAAAAAUGGGUUCUCAGACGCUUCAGAUCUUGAGGCAAGGUGUUUGGGCUUCUAUCACUGGCGGCUGGUAUUACGAUCCCCAUCAAAAUACAUUUGUCAAUGCCUUACAUCUCUACAUAUGGCUCUUCCUGCUCUGUUUCCCCUUUACGCUUUACAUGGCUCUUCCUCCCACUAUGGUGAUUGUGGGCAUCUAUUGCGGGGUAAUCGCAGUACUGUUCCUGCUGUUAAAGACUGUGAAUUACCGGCUGCACCAUGCCCUGGAUGAGGGAGAGAUUGUGGAGAGCAGAGCGGUAGAGGCUGAAGGAGUGCGAGUCAACCCUGGCAUGGGGAAUGAUGGCAGUACCAUCCGGCAGGAGGACAGCAAUGGGCCGGGAGAUCCAGGAGGAGGGAUCGAGAUGGCAGAUUUCAUUCGUGAAGAGACCCCACCAGUGGACUGCAGCUCCAGAAACUCCUUUGCUGGAAUGGACUCCUGCCACCAGCUUGUGUCCACUCAUGCGGGCAUGACUGCAGCCAAAGGGGGAGAUGUAGGAAAGACCUCAGAUGAUAUCAGCUUAAGUCUCGCUCAGAGCAGCAGCCUAUGUAACGAUGGAAGGCAGGACCAAGACUUGAUGUCCGACCCAAAGAUGUAUUGCCUUGCCUCCAAUGACUCAUUCGCCUCCAUGCAGCCCUCCACGUCUUUGGGCCCGCCAGAGCUGGCCAGGGACCCUGCGGAUUCCAGCGACCCCAUCCCAAACCAAGCGACACAGUCGUAUGAAACGGAACAGACUUCCAUCGGUCUGCUGCACUCGCAGUCGUACCGUAAGGAGCCUCGUCCCCGGGGCCUGCCUCGUACCUCCAGCUCAGCUGGCUCCGCCUUUCCUGACCCUUCACUGCCUGACUACGGCCUCUACCCCCCGCCUCGCAGAGGCGGCCUGGAUCCAGUCUGCGAGCUGGAAGCUUCCAGGCUGUCCCAGGCUGGAGAGGCAGAGGGAGAUAGCGGUGGAGAGGAGGUCUUCCGGCUUGACCAGGCUGCGGCCUCCACCUCGGGAACAAGCCACUGCCAGCCAGCGGCAAGCUCGGACUCGCACGAGGCCCGGGACGUCGGCCCUGGGCUGUACCAGGGGGCCGCAGAGGGGGGACCGGCGGCGAAGGAGAAACCCCUAAGGGGGGAGUGCAGCGUGGACAGCCUCCGCAGUCUUAGCACGCGCAGCAGUGGAUCCUCGGAGAGCUACUGCAGCGGCACGGACCGGGACACCAACAGCACCGUCAGCAGCUUUCACAGCGAACAGACCAGCUCCACACACGUGGAGAGUCUUCUCUCACUCUCAGGGGACGAACAGGAGCGAGUGCAUGGGGACAGCAGCGUGUCUGCGCCCACAGACAGCAGGACUCCCAGAGAGGGCUUCAGCCCCCGCUGCCCUAGCCGGGACAGCAGCUCUCGGGGGCUGAGCAGCCUUUUGUCUGGGGAGGCUAACAAGAACCCCCACGCCAACGAGCUGAUGGCCAUACAGCCAUCCGACAGCAUCGUUCUUUUCGCCCAAGAGCCAGCCGAUCCCUGCGGCUGCGCCGAGGACCCCGUUUCCGGAGGAACCGCCGACGGCUCGGCCCCCCUGAUUCUCCGGGAUCAGAAGCAGGACAAGGAGGACGUGCGGCCCAAGUCGGUGAACCUGAUCCACCGGGCCUCCUCCUCGGCGGGGCGGAGCAGCCGUCGGCGGACGGGAAAGAAACGUGCCAGCAGCUUCGACACCAGCCGUCACCGCGACUACAUGUCGCUGCGGAAUACGGAUAAGCCGCGCAGCGCCAUGUUCCCCCGAGAAGAUGACUCCAGUGACCAGAGUGAGCUGAGCUGUGCCUCCAGUUUGCAUUCCACACACCACUUCAGCACAGACAGUUCCUCCAGCACCACCUCCCACUCCUGCCACUCACCCGAGGGCCGUUAUAGUGCCCUCAAGGCCAAGCAAGCGAUUGCCUCAUCGCUGUCGGUGAAGGGCAUCGUCGGGCCUGAGGGUGGGGUUGGGGGUGGAGGAAGGCGUCGUUCCUCCCGACGUACCUCAAGUACAGGCAGUGCUAAGACUCACGCCCGGGUGCUGAGCUUGGACAGCGGUACGGCCGCUUGCCUUAAUGACCCCAACCAAUUGGUCGCCCCCACUGGUACACGCCCCCUCACCACCUCGAAGUCAGACCUCGAGGCCAAAGAGGGUGAGGUUUUAGACGCCGUUUGCCUGCUGGGUCGAGCCUCGCAGCUGGAGUCCGUCACGCGAUCUAGGAACAGCCUCCCCAGCCACGCCGCCUUUUCCGAGGCCCAGGAUGCACCCAGCUCUUCGCGCGCCCCGGUGAGUGAAGAGACCGUCGCGUUCCGCCGCGAGCGCAGUACCUUCCGCCGUCAGGCAGUGCGACGACGCCACAAUGCCGGGAGCAACCCCACACCGCCCACCUCCCUCAUCGGCUCACCUCUCAGUCUUCAGGAAGCUCUGAAUCAGGCGUCCCAGCCUUCGACGAUCAAAGGGCAGCCUUCCCGUACCCCCUCCCAGGUGACCGUGCUAAGCGUAAAUGCCUCCCUGCUGGCCAGGAAUGGAAGCGUGCAUCUGGAGAGCUCUCAGGACAAGGCCUCCACCGUGGGCACCACCAGCCUGCAAGAUGAUUUCGGGAAGCUCACCCCCUCCCUGUAUGAAGCUGCCGGCUGUGAUAUGUCUCUAGUAAACUUUGAACCUGCAACCAGACGAGCCUCUAACAAUAUCUGGGAUACAGAUUCCCAUCUCUCCAGUUCUACCUCAGUUCGCUUUUAUCCUCAUGACCUGAUUCGACUUAACCGUCUCCUGACAAUGGACCCGGAGCUACUAGAACAGCAGGAUGCUGAUCUGAGCCCAGAGCUCCAAGAUGCCCCGCUGGGUUCAGAGGAUCCGUCUGCAGCGACGGCGCACAAAGCCAAGCAGUUCUACCGCUUCUGGCUGUUCCCCUACCUGUGGGUGGGGCUGCACUUUGACCGGCUAACUCUGUUAGCCCUCUUUGACAGGAACCGGGAGGUUCUUGAGAAUGUGCUGGCUGUGCUGCUGGCGGUUCUAGUGGCCUUUCUGGGUUCCGUCCUGCUUGUACAUGGCUUCUUCACUGACAUCUGGGUGUUCCAGUUCUGCCUGGUCAUUGCCAGCUGCCAGUACUCUCUCCUGAAGAGUGUGCAGCCAGACUCCUCCUCCCCUCGACAUGGCCAUAAUCGGAUCAUCGCUUACAGCCGACCAGUCUACUUCUGCCUGUGUUGUGGGCUCAUCUGGGCUCUAGACCACGGCAGUGGGCGGAGCAACUUCGGUGACAUCACCCUGUAUGGCGUGGCACUGACCAGCUCUCUGCUGCUGGCCUCAGCUCGGGACUUGGUCAUAGUGUUUACUCUGUGUUUCCCGGUCGUUUUCUUCGUGGGGCUGCUGCCGCAGGUCAACACAUUCGUCAUGUACCUGUUUGAACAGCUCGACAUCCACGUGUUCGGAGGAAAUGCUUCCACCAGCUUACCAUCUGCAGUGUACAGCAUUAUACGCAGUGUUGUCACUGUGGCCCUAUUGUAUGGACUUUGCUACGGUGCCCUAAAGGAAUCUUGGGAUCCCCAGCACAUCCCUGUGCUGUUCUCUGUGUUCUGUGGCCUUUUGGUGGCUGUGUCCUACCAUCUGAGUCGACAAAGCAGUGAUCCUUCUGUCCUCAUCUCAUUGGUCCAAUCCAAGGUUUUUCCUAAUAUAAAAGAAAAAAACCCAGAGGACCCCCUCGCUGAGGUGCAUGACCCCCUGCCUGAAAAACUUAGGAAUUCUGUUAAUGAGCGGUUGCAGUCAGACCUGAUUGUGUGCAUAGUCAUCUCCGUUUUGUACUUUGCCAUCCAUGUCAGCACCGUGUUCAUUGCGUUGCAGCCAAUUCUAAGAUACGUGUUGCACACUCUGGUGGGAGCGGUGGGAUUGCUGACCCAUUACCUCCUACCCCAAGUUCGCAAGCAAUUGCCUUGGUACUGUUUCUCCCAUCCUCUGCUCAAGACCAAGGAGUACUACCAGUUUGAGGUCAGAGGAGCGGCUCAUGUGAUGUGGUUUGAAAAACUGCACGUUUGGUUGCUAUUCGCAGAAAAGAAUGUCCUCUAUCCACUUGUCAUCCUGAAUGAAUUAACCAGAAGUGCCCAGGAUUUCGCUGAUCCCAAAAAGCUUGACAUAGAGAUGGGCGCUCUGAUGAUCACGGUAGCUGGUCUUAAGCUGCUCCGCUCUUCCUUCAGCAGCCCCACCUAUCAGUACGUGAUGGUGCUCUUCACCUUCCUCUUCUUCAACUUCGAUUACCGUAACCUCUCAGAGACCCCGUUGCUCAACCUCUUCCUCAUGUCCAUCGUCUUCAGCAAGCUGUGGGAGCUGUUCUACAAGCUGCGUUUUGUCUAUACCUACAUUGCUCCCUGGCAGAUCACCUGGGGCUCUGCAUUUCAUGCUUUCGCCCAACCGUUUGCUGUUCCUCACUCUGCCAUGCUAUUUGUCCAGGCAGUAGUGUCUGCAGUUUUCUCCACACCACUCAACCCCUUCCUCGGUAGUGCCAUCUUCAUCACCUCCUAUGUCCGUCCUGUCAAGUUCUGGGAGAGGGACUACAACACGAAGAGAGUUGAUCAUUCCAACACCAGAUUGGCCUCCCAGCUGGACAGGAACCCAGGUUCAGACGACAACAACUUGAACUCCAUUUUCUACGAGCACCUCACCCGCUCCUUACAGCACAGCCUCUGUGGCGACCUCCUUCUGGGCCGCUGGGGGAACUACAGCACGGGGGACUGCUUCAUCCUGGCCUCCGAUUACCUCAACGCACUGGUGCACUUGGUGGAGAUUGGCAAUGGCCUAGUGACAUUCCAGCUGCGUGGGCUUGAGUUCAGAGGGACGUACUGUCAGCAGAGGGAGGUGGAGGCCAUCACAGAGGGGGUGGAGGAGGACGAGGGCUGCUGCUGCUGUGAGCCUGGACACCUGCCCCACAUGCUGUCCUUCAAUGCCGCUUUCGGGCAGCGCUGGCUGGCCUGGGAAGUCCUGGUUACAAAGUACGUGCUGGAGGGAUACAGCAUCACCGAUAACAGCGCUGCCUCCAUGCUGCAGGUGUUCGACCUGCGCCGCAUACUCACCUCCUACUACGUCAAGGGAAUUAUCUACUAUGUGAUAGCCUCAGCCAAACUGGAAGAGUGGCUGGCUAACGAGACAAUGCGAGACGGCUUGCGCAGCUGCAGUGAGCGGAACUAUGUGGACCUGGACCCAACCUUUAACCCAAACAUCGACGAAGACUAUGACCAUCGUUUGGCAGGCAUAUCCAGGGACAGCUUCUGUGGGGUCUAUCUCGGUUGGAUACAGUACUGCAGCUCACGGCGACUGAAGCCUCUGGACAGUGAGAAAGAUUCUGCGCUGGUGACAUUGUGUUAUGGACUGUGUGUACUGGGACGGAGGGCACUGGGAACUGCUUCGCAUCAUAUGUCCAGUAACUUGGAGUCCUUCCUGUAUGGACUGCAUGCCCUCUUCAAGGGAGAUUUUCGCAUCUCCUCAGUUCGGGAUGAGUGGAUCUUUGCUGACAUGGAACUUUUGAGGAAAGUCGUCGUGCCAGGCAUCCGAAUGUCGCUCAAACUCCAUCAGGACCACUUCACAUCCCCAGAUGAAUACGAUGAGCCAGCAGUUCUGUAUGAGGCUAUUUCCACCCACCAGCAGAACCUGGUCAUUGCUCACGAGGGUGACCCAGCCUGGCGGAGCGCGGUCCUGUCCAACUCGCCUUCCCUCCUUGCCUUGCGUCAUGUUCUCGAUGAGGGCACAAAUGAGUACAAGAUCAUCAUGCUUAACCGCCGUUACCUCAGCUUCCGCGUCAUCAAGGUUAACAAAGAGUGUGUGCGUGGGUUAUGGGCAGGGCAACAACAAGAGCUCGUCUUUUUACGGAAUCGGAACCCAGAACGUGGCAGUAUCCAGAAUGCAAAGCAAGCACUUCGUAACAUGAUCAACUCGUCUUGUGACCAGCCCAUCGGUUACCCAAUCUAUGUCUCACCGCUCAUCACCUCAUAUUGCAACUCUCACAGUCAGCUUGGCCACAUUCUCGGAGGCCCAAUCAGCGUCGGAAACAUUCGCAGUUUCAUCGUCAGCACCUGGCACAGGCUACGCAAGGGCUGUGGGGCCGGGUGUAACAGCGGCGGGAAUAUUGAGGAUUUGGAUGCCAAUACGGGCAUGUCCUGUACGAGUGGGAAUGGGACAGGGGUGAGUGACUCCCAGCAGAGCUCUGUCUCCCAGUCAGCUGUGCCCGGGCCUGCAGUCACCCAACCAUACCAGCCACACUCCCUGGGCACGAGUCAGAGUUCUCAGUCCGUGCAGUCAGGCCUGGUUCGUCACUCGCCAGCACGGGCCUCUGUGGCAAGCCAGUCCUCAUCGUACCGCUACAGCAGCAGUCGCCAUUCGUCCCUGCGCACCUCCGCCACUGGCUUGGAGCCGUGCCGUCGCUCAUCCACUAGCCAGCUGUCGCUGCGCACGUUGCCCACCUCCCUGCAGCUGCGCCUGGGCCCAGACGUCGCCGGGCCCUCGGCUUCCCUUUCUAGCCAUAGCAUCCCGCCGUGCAAACGGCACACGUUGGUGGGCCUGCUGGGCAGUGACGCGCUCUGCGCCCCCGAUCCCACCAGCCACCACCACUUGACACUGUCCACUGUACGCAGGGAUGACAUCUCGUACAGGGUGCAGAUUGUGGACAUUGGUCAGGUCCUGGAGACCAUUAACAUGUCAAAACGCAAGGAGUUACAGUGGCCUGAUGAGGCUCUGCGUCUAAAAGCUGGCCGCAGUUGUUGGAGAGACUGGAGUCCCCAGGAGGGCAUGGAGGGACAUGUGAUUCACCGAUGGGUGCCUUGUAGCAGAGACCUGAGUAGUCGAUCCCAUAUUGACAAGACCAUCCUGCUGGUACAGGUGGAGGACAAGCUGGUUCCCAUCAUAGAGACGGGGGUCAUUGAGCUGGGUGCCGAAGUCUGACCAGGCUUAAACAACAAGGGUGUAACUAGAUAGCAAUCAGCAGGACUCCUGCUCCUGCGGAUGCACCUCCUUUCAGAUUUCCAAAGGGUACCGGAAGCAGGGAGAAUUGCAAGUAGAUGUUACAGAUCUGCUCUGCUCUGCGUUGUGCAAAUAUGCUGCAUGAUAGACUUUUGUUAAACAUGUUGGAUUUUAUGUUGACCAUUGCUGAUUUCUAUGCAUUUCAUGAUGACAAUGACUGACUCACAGGUAGAGUUAGUCCUGUAAGUAUCAUGGCAGAAAAACCAAAAAAGGAAAAAAAAAAAAAAAAAACUGGGGUUUUCACAAAUCACUUGCCAAAAAAUCAGCUACAAUGUCAACAAGCUUGUUUUCUUUUUGCCACCCUGAGAUUUUCAAGAGGAAACUGGCAGUAGAUCAGGUAAAUGGAAUGCAGGUGCUGUCAAUUAAAACAGUUUGAUUUGCUUUCAUUGUCAUUCCGAAUUUAUUUUAAAGUUGCAAAAACCAUUGGGAGAGAAUUUGCACUAUAAUUUUACUUAUUGUGUUUUUAUUAUUUACAGCAAUGCACUACAGUUUUGAAGUAACAUCUCUAUUUAUUACAGACAGAAUUUAACUCUUGAAUCUGUGGUUUACUGAUGCCUUGGGAAUGAAAACAUGCAAUCGUCGUUUAUUAGUCUGCCAUUUUUCUGUGUAUGGAGUUUUUAUUUAACUUAAAGUUUUUAUCAUAUAAGUAUAUAUUAAUAUACAUAUAAAAUUCAUUGUAAAAACUGAAUAUUUAUUACCGUGAACAUAUUUACAUUUUGUUACAUUUAUUUCAUUAACGAGACAAAGGUAAAAAUGUAUCGAGGAUCAUCGGUCAGAACAGCGAGCCCAAAUUUUGGUGGACUGUUUCCCAAUUUAAUUCUUUUAUAAGUGGAGAAGAAUAAAAGUGUUCUGAUUUA